UGAAUCAACAACAUAAGACUUGAUUGCAGGCACGACUGUUAUUUAUCACCUAAUCAUAUCUUCACAGCUACAUUAGUUUGUUUUUGUAAUAUGGUUCACCAAAUUUGAUUCUAGUUUCUCUCGACUCUCCAAAGAACACGAAAAUGAAACUGGAAGACUUACUUGUGGAAGACGAAACCAAAGAUCAACCUGGCGCUAGCGUUGCGUCUCUUCUUGAUCAUCAUCGUCGUCACCCCCAGCCUUCCCUUCAACAACAACCAUCAAAAGUGAAUGAGCAUAAGAGCGAAGAAGAGAAGAAUGAUUUGAUCAAGAAGAAGCAAAAGCGAAGUCUUCAAAGAGAAGUGAUGAAAAUGCAAGGAGAGCUAGAGGACGAACAAGCCUUAAACAAGGCUCUACGUGAUAUGCAUCGUGGUCCCGUCAUGUCUCAGCCUCGUCUCUCUUUAUUGCUUCUUCCUCCUCAGGUUCAAGAGCUAAUAGAGGAGCUUGCGACGGUUGAGGCAGAGAUACUCUGUCUUGAGAAACGAAUCCAAGACUUGAAACUUGAUGUGUAUAGUGAGAAAAAAGAGAACAAAGAACUUGAAGACAGUAUUGAUGAAGGAGAAGAAGAGAGGAUGAUGAACCCUAAGAGACUACUACAAAGGCAGAAUCAUCUUCCUUGCGACGCUGACAAUGACCUUAUAAAGAUGAGAUCUGAGGAUCUAAAACAGAGAUCAAAGUCCCAGAGUUAUGGAGAUCAUCAUGUUGUCAAGGAUAUUCAAAUGAACAGUCCACGUACUCAUGCGUCAAUUGGAUCAACCAUGGAGUUCUCAUCAAGAAUCCAUUCUUCGACUUUUUCUGAUGGAAUGUCAAGAACACAAGAGAAGAAUAAUGUGCAAGAGACGACACCAAAUGGAGUAUCGGAAGAUCUGGUGAAGUGCUUGAUGGGAAUCUAUCUGGAACUCAACAGGUCAUCGCGUGAGCGAGAAGGGUCAAAAACUGUUUCAAAGCUGAGCCUCACACACCUCAAGAACGCUUCUUUCAAACGCAAAUCGGUGUAUGACCAUAACGCAUCUAAUCUUGAUCCAUAUGGAGCUGUCAUGGGGACUUCUCUUAGAGACAUAGGAGAAUACAAGAACUUCAUCCAUAUCACUCGAACCUCCAUUGAUGUUAGCCGUUUAUCCGAUUGCUCCACUUCUCUUGUCAAUUUGAGGGUUUUGAAGGAGAAGUUGAGCAAAGUGGAUUUGAGUUUCUUGAACCACAAGAAAAAGAUGGCAUUCUGGAUCAAUACCUACAACGCCUGCGUUAUGAAUGGAUUUUUGGAACACGGACUACCUUCAUCAAAGGAAAAACUGCUGACCAUUCUCAAAAUGGCAACAAUUGACGUGGGAGGUACACAACUGUCUGCUCUAGAUAUCGAAGGAUCCAUCUUGCAGAGUCCAUGCGAACCUAGGGAAUCUGUUUCAGCCGGUGAAAGCGAAGUGAGAAUACAGACACGCUACGGAUUCAGAUGCGUAGAGCCAAACCUAAUGUUCGUGCUUUGUCGUGGAGAUUGGUCUUCACCUGCAUUGAGAGUUUAUACAGCAGAAGAUGUGGUGAACGAACUAAUCAAAGCAAGAACAGAGUAUCUAGAAGCUUCCAUCGGUGUCUCGGGAAGGAAAAAGAUUGUGAUUCCGCGAUUCUUGCAUAAACGUCUACGGGAUUUCGCUGAGGAUGAAGGCUCGUUAAUUGAAUGGAUAUGCAGCCAAUUACCACCAGCCCAACGUUGCUUUCAGCUCAAGGAAACAGCGAUGGAGGGGUUGAACAAGAAAAGUGAAUCUCAAUUGAAAAAACUGAUAGAAGUGAGGUCUCACGAAUACGAGUUUCGUUAUCUCUUGGCAUUGUAAAAUCUAAUCCUUCAAAUUUCUAGUAUUUGGAGCCUUGAAAAGACGAUUGUCCUAUAUAUGUGUGUGUGUUUUAAGAGAAUGAAGUUACACAGUGAAUUUUGAUUAAUAAUGGAAACAAACAA